UAAAGCUUCAUAAAAUAAUGGGUAACAAGACUUCAACUCUUAAGCCAGAAAUCAUUAAUGAUCUUGAACAGCAGACACAAUUCACCAGAGAGGAGAUUGGUGAUUUGUAUCGUCAGUUUUUGCAUGAUUGUAAGGAUAAAUCAAAGAUGCAUAUGACCGUCGACGAAUUUAAAAAAAUGUACAGUGAAAUAUUUCCCAACGGUGACGCAGAAAAAUUUGCUGAGCAUGUAUUCCGAACAUUUGAUCAAUCUGGAAAAGGUCAUAUUAAUUUUCGUCAAUUUAUGCUAACACUUAAUAUUCAGCUUAAGGGAUCCCUAAAGCAGAAGUUAUUAUGGCUAUUCGAUAUGUACGAUAUUCAUAGAACGCAAUAUAUAACUAAGGAUGAAGUAAAACAAAUGAUUACGUCUCUGACUAACUUACGAGCUAAUGUUCUACAUGGAAUCGGAGAAGGAAAUGUAGACGAUCUUGUUGAAUACAUUUUUGAAAGGGCCAGCUCGAGCGAUAAAAUUCGACGAGAAAAUUUUAUUCAAACUGCAAUCGAAAGCAGAACAAUUCAAAUGAUUUUGGAAGGAGCAGCAAAGGCUGCCAACAAUCCCUAUGCAGUUAGGCGAGAUAGGUCUGGCAGUAUAGGAAGACCUUCACGCUCUAGGUCAGGAAGCUUAAAAUCGAAUACUUCGGAUGAUAGCGGUGGUAACGAUUCUAGAAGGGGAUCCCUCAUAGGAAGAAGAGGCAGCUUAGAUAUUCAAAGAGAAAGAGCUAAUUCUUUACGUUGA